AUGGAUUCAGAUACACAGUUCAACGCGUCUUCAAACAUGACAUGGACCCAUGACCAAGUGUCAGUGUCUCCUUGGAUUGAAGCCAUCAAAGUGAUGAGGAACAUUUGCAUACCUGUGAUAGUUGUUGUUGGUUUGCUGGGAAACACUCUUUCUUUAAUGGUGUUUUCUACAAAGAGUAUGCGGAAAACAUCAAGUUCCGUGUUUUUAGCUUCCCUUGCGUUUGUGGACAAUACAUUCCUAGUUUGCCUUCUUAUUACUUGGAUUGACGGGGAAAUUAAUUCCAUUCUUGUGACAGAUUUGGCUUGCCAAUUGCUCAUUUACACUACGUAUGUAGCCAGCUGUUUGAGUGUAUGGUUUAUAGUUUGCUUUACGUUUGAACGAUUCAUUGCAAUAUGUUUUCCAUUAAAGAGUACUUUAAUAUGCAGUUUGUUUCGAGAAAAAGGAACUGUGUUAAUCCUGGCAACAAUUACUUGCCUCAUGUACAAUUUUAGUUUUUGGACAACUGGUAUGGAGCAAUGGGGUCCAGUUAUGCGAUGCUCACACAAUCCAAAAUACAUUCAGUUUCUAAAUAUAGUAACAUGGAUUGAUACAGUGAUUACUAUGAUAAUACCAUUCCUACUUAUUGCAUUCAUGAACUCUAUGGUAUUACGGAGUGUCAUCAAGUGCCAGCCAAAGGAAAAACCAACCACAUCGAAACGACGAGAAAAGGUUAACACUACAAAAUCUCAACGACGGAGUCCACAAGUGCGUGUCACAAGAACUUUGCUUUUUGUUUCUACUACUUUCCUUGUUUUAAAUCUACCAUCACAUAUAAUGCGAUUGUACAACCUUAUAUCUCUUAUUACAACAGAUAGACAAACAAUUAGUAUUCAGUUUUCCUUUUUACAGGAAAUGACACUUGUAUUCUAUUACAUGACAUUCAGUUGUAAUUUCUUCUUGUAUGCAUGCUUUGGAAGAAAUUUUAGACACGCUUUAUAUCUCAUCUUAAAUUGUCAGUCAGUUAAAGAAGACAACCGUAAAAGAAUUCUUUAUAGACUUAGUUCCUCGCAAGGGAGAGUAUCCUAA